UGGGCGAGCAUGGCCAAAUUUCUGCAUUAUAUGGUCAUUUGAACAAGCGGCAAGUCAUGUAGAACGAGCUAUAUUAAAGCUCGGUUCUGAGAACGAGCCGUACCCGAUCUACAUUUUUUCCACUUUUCCCAAGGAAAAUACACUUAGUCACAUUAGAUAAGUAUUUUCCUCGGUUCCACCGAGUGGAAGGGGCAUCAAUGGAAGGCGAUCCAAUUUGUCUGAUGACUGGCCGAUUCUUCUUCCAAUUGGAGUUCCAGGCAAUCUUCACCCCCUUCGAAGUUUUUAGUUGGGCCUGUACGACAGUAAGGGAAGCGGGAGGAGUGCAGCAAAGGCUGCCAUGAGUAUGGCUUUCGAAGAGCAUUGUACAAUAAAGCCAGCCCUGGAAUGGUGAGAGACCAUAGAGAGGUCUGGGUGCCCAGCACCUUUCUUGGGCUACCAGACAUGCUGAUUGGUAACCGGUCAGAGAGCCCAAGUACUAGAAAAAAUAAAAAACCUCCUCCUCCUCGCUCUCUCUCUCUCUCUCUCAUUUUUUUUUGGUGCUUGAAGGAAACUUACAACAGGAACGCGGUAGAGGAAUCUUGUUGACUGGUGAGAGGGUCAGCCUAAUUAAGCUUGGGUGAUGGUGCUUUAGAAGUUCUAAGUGCUAUACAUUGCGUGUCAAUGGGUGAGAAACCAUGAUUUGCCCUCAGGGAAGCAUUAACCAAAAAAAAACAGAAAGCCAAACGUGGGAUCGUUUCGAACUCAAUUUGAUGCACUACUCCCACUGAAUUCCUCGAAGCCUGCCAACCUUAGAUUGUUUUUGACCUGUCGCUGCCAAUAGCAAAGCAUGGUGAUGGAGUUCAAGUUUCCCGUCCACACCAGCCUAUCUUAACUCAAAUGUUGGACCCGGGUUGGCCAUUAUAGUACCCGACGUACAGUUCACCUUCAUUCAACGACGUCAACGUGCUUUCGGGUUAGGCCGGUUGGAGGCUGGAGUCCACGUUGUAUGUCCUCACGCUCUCGGUGUCAAAGCGAGCCAGCCGCCCUGCCUUCAUCUUUCAGGGGGUCUUCUUUCCUUCCGGCUGCCACCACCACCGAGAGGGAGAAAGAGAGAGAGAGAGAGAGAGAGAGAGAGAGAGGGGGUGAAGAAGAGCUCGAGAGAGAGGGAUCCCAUGUCCAUGUCCGGAUCCGGGGGGCCGUAUGGGGAGGGGGAGGGAGCGUCGCUGGCGGCGUCGUCGGGUCCGGACGCGAAGAAGCGGCGGGUGAGCUACUUCUACGAGCCGAGCAUAGGGGACUACUACUACGGGCAGGGGCACCCGAUGAAGCCCCACCGCAUCCGGAUGGCCCACAACCUGGUCGUCCACUACUCCCUCCACCGCCUCAUGGAGGUCUGCCGCCCCUUCCCCGCCUCCGCCGACGACAUCCGCCGCUUCCACUCCGACGACUACGUCGACUUCCUCUCCACCCUCGCCUCCUCCGACUCCCGCCUCUUCAAGCGCUUCAACGUCAGCGAGGACUCCCCCGUCUUCGACGGCCUCUUCCAGUUUUGCCAGGCCUCCGCCGGCGGCUCCAUCGGCGCCGCCGUCAAGCUUAACCGCGGCGACGCCGACAUCGCCAUCAACUGGGCCGGCGGCCUUCACCACGCCAAGAAGUGCGAGGCCUCCGGCUUCUGCUACGUCAACGACAUCGUCCUCGGCAUCCUUGAGCUCCUCAAGUUCCACAAGCGUGUGUUGUAUGUAGACAUUGAUGUCCAUCAUGGAGAUGGUGUUGAAGAGGCUUUUUUCACAACUGAUAGAGUCAUGACUGUUUCAUUCCAUAAAUAUGGGGACUUCUUUCCAGGGACGGGGCAUAUCAAGGACAUUGGUUUUGGGCAAGGAAAGUACUAUGCUCUGAAUAUUCCUUUGAAUGACGGAAUGGAUGAUGAUAGUUUCCGUGGACUAUUUAGACCUAUUAUCCAAAGGGUAAUGCAGGUUUAUCAGCCUGAUGCAGUUGUUCUCCAGUGUGGUGCAGAUUCCUUGGCUGGAGAUAGGCUAGGUUGCUUCAACUUGUCAGUGAAGGGGCAUGCCGAUUGUCUACGAUAUCUCAGAUCUUUUAAUGUACCUCUGAUGGUUGUGGGAGGUGGAGGUUAUACCAUGAGGAAUGUUGCUCGCUGCUGGUGCUAUGAGACAGCAGUUGCAGUUGGAGUGGAACCAGAUAAUAAGCUGCCAUAUAAUGAAUAUUAUGAGUACUUUGGUCCUGACUAUAAUCUUCAUAUCGAACCAAAAAACUUAGAGAAUCAGAACUCUCCACAAGAUCUCGAGAGAAUGAGGAAUGUUUUGUUGGAGCACCUUUCGAAGAUACAACAUGUUCCAAAUGUACAAUUUCAGGCCAGACCUCCAGAUACAGAAACCCCUGAGGAGGAAGAUGAGGAUAUGGAUUGCAGGCCACGGCGUCAACGAUUGAGUGGUGAAUGUUAUGAUUCUGAACCAGAGGAGGCCAAAAGCCUCAACAUGGACAAACUAGCAUAAAUGAUAUAUUUGCAGUGCACCCUGACAAUAUGGUAACUGCAACUUUCAAUAAAACUUUAAUUUAAACAGAUCCACUAUUAUGUUUUUUGUAUUAUUGUUCCCUAAGGAAAUUCCUUGAUGGAACUUUUCAAUGUUUUCUUUUCCAUCUUUAUGUUAACAUUGAUAUUCAAUGUUAAGAAGUCAAAAUGCAAAUUAAACCCGCUGCAAUAAUAAACUAUCUGUGAUUUUAAGCUA